GGUGUCCAAUGUCCGCGGAGUCGCGUCGCUGAUAGUCGAAGAGUUUCGUGACCUCAAGAGGAGUGGGGGGGGGGGAGGGGGUAAAAGAAAAGUUUCCCUGGAGUAGAAGGAAAAGAAAUAAAACUCAGCACAGAGAAAGCACCGCGGAAUUCCUCUCCAUCAAAUCUACGCCGGCUUACCGAUAUGGAAAAGAAAUUUGCAGAGAUAGACGAGGAAAGCCGCUGGCCUCAGUCUUAUUUGGAAAUUCGAAAUGAGUCCCAGGACUUUCCCUAUAAAGUAGCUAAGUAUCCAGAAAAUCAGAAUCGAAACAGAUACAGGGAUGUCAGCCCUUUUGACCACAGCCGUGUUAAACUUCAGAAAGCAGAUAAUGAUUAUAUCAAUGCAAGUCUAAUUAGCAUGGACGAGGCCCAGAGAAACUACAUUUUAACCCAGGGUCCGCUUCCCAAUUCAUGUGGACAUUUCUGGCAAAUGGCCUGGGAACAAAGAAGUAGAGCAAUUGUGAUGCUCAAUCGUGUCAUUGAAAAGGGAUCAGUAAAAUGUGAAAAGUAUUGGCCAAGCACGAAAGAUGAAACAAUGUCAUAUGAAGAUACUGGGUUCACUCUAAGAUUGUUGUGCGACGAUGUAAAAUCAUACUACACUGUGCGGCAGUUGGAAUUGCAGAGAACCUCUACUGGAGAAACCAGAGAAAUCUACCAUUUCCAUUACACCACUUGGCCUGACUUUGGAGUACCUGAAUCCCCUGCUUCAUUCCUUAAUUUUUUGUUCAAAGUAAGGGAGUCUGGCUGCUUGAACUCAGAUUGUGGACCUACUGUUGUUCACUGCAGUGCAGGCAUUGGAAGAUCUGGUACUUUCUCUUUGGUUGAUACAUGCCUUGUUUUGAUGGAAAAACGCAAAGAUCCAUCUUCUGUGGACAUCAGAGAAGUACUGUUAGAAAUGAGGAAAUACCGGAUGGGACUCAUACAGACCCCAGAUCAGUUGAGAUUUUCAUACAUGGCAGUUAUAGAGGGAGCAAAAUAUAUCAUGGGAGACUCAUCAGUGCAGAAAAGAUGGAAAGAGCUUUCCAAUGAAGACCAGGAUCCUAUACCAGGCAAUGCUUCUCCACCACCCCAGCCUCCAAAACGAGCCCUUCCACGACAUAAUGAGAAUAGGGCGCCUCAUUUGUCAGUAGAUGAAGCAACUGAUGCAGCAAACAACAUUUCCACAGAAGAAAAUUCUGUACAAGAAAAAGAGAUCAAAGCAAAGUAUGUGAAUAAUAUUCGUAAGCGACAUCGUGAGGAUAGGAUAGCAAGUACAGCGCAGAAAGUACAGCGAAUGAAACAGAAGCUUAAUGAAACCGAGGUGAAACGAAAAAGGUGGUUAUAUUGGAAACCUAUUCUCAUUAACAUUGCUGCAGUUACUACUCUUGCAGUUGGAGCUAUUGUUUGCUGCUCUAUGUAUUUUCAGUGAUCAGUUUGUAACUUCAUUUAAUGGCACAUGGUAGCAUAUUGCAUCUGAGAUUUCAGAUGCUGAGGAAUGAUAUUUCCCUGCACAAGAACUUUGUUUUUCAGGAUUGACAAAGAAAAAAUGCAGUAGGGUGGAGCUGUUUGGUUUUACUCAAAAUUUGCAAUAUAGAAUCUCAGGUUCUUGUACCGUCAGAUAUUUGAAUAAACAAAACCACCAGACACAAAAAUUCUGUUGUAAAUAAAUUAUCAGAUCUGUACUACAAUAAACAUUUGGUUAAAAGUUGUGAUUCCAUUAAAAGUAGUUGUUCUCCUGUUCUUGAGAUGUCCAAAAGGAUAUUUAUAUUUUAUUCUGUUUCGCCUGGGAGCCUGGGCAUUAUGAAAAGCACAUUUAUUUUGGUAGGAAGGUUUAAAUAUCCAUGUCCAUAAAUAUUAAACCAACAAGGAGUGGAAGCCAACCUCUUUGCAUGGCUUGGGUUCUACUUUACUGGUUUAGCCAACUGAUGUCCUGCAUUUUUACAUUUUUUCCCCCUUUUUUAUCUUAUCAGCAUAUUUAAAACAUAUUUGCUUGGAUUAAAGAGGUCACUUAAAAAGUUAAUUAUUUUGGGUUAAAUAUUUUUUCCAUUUUGUUGUUUAUUGGCCAGUACGUAGAAUUCAGUUAUUCUUUUGGCAAAGAGAUCUGGAAGCCUUUUCAAAAUUCAGUUUUAAGCAGUCUGAGUAUUGUUGAUUAUCAUUGUGAAUGUCUAAAAUACUAGUUAAUUCCUUAACCCAUAGAGGUUUCCAAAAAAAACAGUGCCGUUCUUUAUUUUCUGUUGCCAGAUUUUUUAUUUUCAUACUCCUAUGAUGUAUAUUUCUCAAAUUUUACUUUAAAAUUUUCAGUUCAAUUUCUUGCAUAGUUUACCAGGAUAUCUUUAAAGAUAAAUCAUGCCUUUAAUAAACCAAAGUACUCAUUCCAUGUAUAGAGAUUGAUAUGUAAAUAGACAUCCAAAGUUGCUUCUGUGGGUUAAAGAGUUGAGAAGUGUUUCUAGUUAGUGCUGGUUAAUGAUGUGAUUAUCCUGAAAUGAAAUGAUUAUUCUUGUGUUUUGGGCAGGAAGGAGUAACCUGUUGGAAAUAGCAUCAGAUGACACUUAAAAUUUGUUACAGCUUUACAUUCCAGAAAGACCAGCCGAAUAAAAUCUGCUUUUAAUUAGUAUCAUUGUACAUCUGUGUUGGAGAUGAUGCAUCAUACUAUAAGAUAAAGAUUCUUGUAAGCUAUGUCAGAACCUAAUGAUGUAAAUUAUGUCCAAUCUACAGUGUACUGUUAUAUUAUUGAAUCACGGCCACUUGGUAUGAUUAGUGAGCUUUGUAAAUAGAUCAUCAAUUUAGUGAUGGAAAUCAGGCAUAUGACAAUUUAUUAUUUAUUAAUGUGUCCUUGCAUUUCUGAAUGUUUAUGCAUGCCUUCAAAUGAGAAAAUUCUGAUCCUUGAUCCAGUUUUCUCUCCGAACCCAAGGCGGGGUGGGGGCAGAAAGGUGCACUAAUGGUAGGGAAGAGGAUCUAUGCCUCAAAUAAUACACUGAUGCUGAAAAUAGCUUGGAUCAAACUCAUAAACAGGAUAUAUUGCAUUAAGAAUAUCCUGCAGUGUUCUCUGCAUUGAAGCCAAGUAUUUUACACCUCCAUUUCGUGAAUGUGACAGGAGAUAUAUUAGUGGGCAAUACUUGAUUUUCAUGUAUUCAGUAAUCAAUCAUUUCUUUCUUGUUCAUGACUCAGGAUAAAAUCUCUUUAACAGAGCUUGAAGCUGAUGUACUUUAUAUCAGACAUGUGAUUGCUAGUUUAUUACUUAAUCAGCCAGUGGCUAGAAUUCUUAGAAACUUGCACCCAGCACUUACCCUGUUGGUUUGAGCCUAGAGCUCUUAUCUACAAUAAAAGCGAAGUUACUGGGAAUAACAUUAGUGACGUGUAUUUGAUGUGAAAUGUCACAGUUCAUUUCUUUUGUUAGAUAUGUUCCCAGUUCUUAAAGUUUGGAAGAUUUGCUUCCUUAACUCGCACUUAUUCUGUUUAAAAAGAAAUUCGAGCCUAGUAGUUACUGGGAUGAUCAUGAGAAGGCCAGUAUUGGAAAGUUUAAAUGAAAGUGUAAUCUUGGGAUAUUUUUAACUCUGAAGAUAACUGUUGGAGAAGUUCCAGGUAUAUAUUGUAGGUUAAAUAGAGCAUAGUAUAGGUAUGUGGCCUGAAAGAAAAAGAAAUGACACUGUAGCUCAAGGUUGCCCAAAGUAAAUUGGGCAUAUUGCCUGUAAGUUCUUCCCUCGUGUAAUUUAUUGUCGAUCUAAUGAGGGUGAAGUUGAUGUAACUCAUUUGAAUUGAAGAUUUAUUACUGAAAGUGUAAAAUUUCUCAAAAUUGAAUUAAAAUCUUAUUUACGAAGAGAAAAAUGCUAUUUCAAAAUACUCUAAACUUAACUCUUUAAUGAGCUUGGCUGCUGUUUUUUUAUGAUAUAAUGAUAAAUAUAGGGUUAUAAGUAAAUAAGAGUUCAAAUAAUUGACUUAAUGAGAUUUGGCAUGAAAACAUUGUGUCUGUGUCAUAAUGUUACAUUAAAUUAUCUAGUUUAAUAAACACUGCAGAUUAAUCUGAAUUUUCAAAAAAAUACAAAAAGACAAGUAGAAGAGUUUGCAGUUUUCAGAGUUAUCACAGUUUUAUCUUUUUUGUUUUCUCUCAUGUAUUCCUAUAUUUUAACUGAAUGAUAUACCGAUAGGAAGGUAGAGACUUUACAUGUAUAUGCUUUCAUUUACAAGCUCAGGACCUUCCAAAACCCCUACAGAUAUGAAGUAAUCCAUGUGUUCUUGUUUACUAAAUUUUUAAAAAAAAGUUUGAUCUUUGUAAUGAGAUUCUUUUGAGAUAGUUCCUUUUUAUCACUGGAAUCUUGAAUGUUAAAAUAUGCAUUUUGGUUCAUUGGUACAUGUAAUGAGGUACAGUAAAAAACUUUCUGUCCAUGCUAUCCAUACAGAUCAAUUCCCUUACAACAGUGUUUUUGGGUAGUACAAGGUAAAGCAAUGAUGCAGAAUAAAGUGUUACAGUGACAAAGUGUAGUUCAGGUAGACAAAAAGGUCCCAAGGUCAUAACUAGGUGAAUUUUGGAGUCAAUAAUCCAUCUUAUUGUACUUGGGGACCAUUCAGGAAAUAUCCAACAGGAGCCUUUAAUAGCUUUAAAGAUGUUAAGAAAUGUAAUUAUCAGUUAUCAUGAAGGGGAGAAAUGGAGAUUGUUUAUUAGUUGAUACGUCGAAUUAAUAUAUUGAAUUGUUAGAUUGACCAACAAAAAAAGGCAUAAUUUGCAUGUUGAGGUAAGUUUUUCCCACUAUAAUUUACAUACAUAUUUUCACCAAGGCUGCCAGUUUAUAUUGUUAAACAUUGAUUAAAAUAUGAUCCACAAUAAUAUGUCAUACCACUGGACAAAAAGUUUGUAAAACAUAAUUUUAAGAUGUAGACUUUAAUUCCAGUUUGCAACAAUAUAAGAUUGAAUUCAAAUCUGUAUAGAAUUAUGUUUCUUCUCAUAACUCCAUGUAAUAAAACACCACAUGAAAAGCAAAAUAUUUCUCUUCAACUGCAAGUCCAACCUGAGGAAAGAUGAAGAAAAUUAAAACUUUUAAAUCACAUUUAAGUAAAGGGCGCACUUUUUAAUUUUAAGUACGAUCAUGUUCCUAAUAUAUUUUGGAAUUACACUUACUAAAUAAUUUAUGUUAACCCUUUACCUUUCAAGUUGAUGAAUAAUUAAAAGCUUAGAUUUCUUGCGCAACUGAAUUAAUUCAUAUCCCCUUUAGAAAUCAUUUUGCAUACCUUGGACAUGAGAACUUUAAAAACCUUUAAUAUGGUUAAUGCCAGGAAUGUUCUCAUGCAAAAAGUAAUUCUCUCAUCUAAUGCCUAAAGCUCAUUGGGGCAUUGCAGAUGCAUUCAACAAACCUUCGGAAACUCCGAUGGACAAGACUUUUUGGAAGGAUAGGCUUCAUGGGCUUUUUUAUCCCAUCCUGUCUUUUGAUUCAAGAGAUCUUGUUCUGGCUUCUGUCAAGUCAUUAUAUUGGCUUAAUUAACUGACUCAGUCAAUAUCUGUGUUUAAGUAUAUCCCCUUCAUGGUGUAUAAGAAUGGGAACUGGCAGAAAAUAGAUUAAUGCAAAUAUUCUGGAUUGACUUUACUGUGAAACAAAGUAAUUGAAUAUCUUCAGGUGCACUAAUUUACUGUUUCUCCCAAAUUUAUUAUUUAAGCAUAAUCAAUUAAUAAGAUGUACACUAUUACAAAAGGUUAUUAAAAUUAUUUGAAAAUUGUAGUUUAUCUCAUUUAUUAAAUCAUUCCUUUACAUCAGGAUCCUUAUUUGUAUUCAUCUCAUUGCAUUGUGACCCUAUGAUGAAAGGGAAUGCUGAUUAUGGUUCUGUAUUUGCCAGAUUUCCACAGUCUGGCUAAAUCAACUGAUUGCAACAUAAUUGAAUAAAGCAGUUAGCAUGAAUUGAGAAUAAAUUUGAGCUGCUACAAAUUGUGAACCAUAUGCUAACAAUUAAUACAACUGUUCUUUCAAGCUAUCUGUAUGUCAAGUUACAUAAGCCAGCUAUUUUACUCAGAGAUCAUCUGAAAGAAUUUGAAAUCAAUAACUUGUUAUCCAGAGACCAGGAUUUUUUUUCCCAUUGGUUUCUUAAUUGCACUGCCUGUGAAGUACUUAUUAAUGUGUCGAUAAAGUGGAACUGUUGCAUUGAGUAAAUGUUUUAUGUUCUGUAUUGUAUG